AGGUCUCGUUCCACACUCCUCUUUUUUUCUUUGCACUCCUCUUCUCGCUUUCAUUCGCCUGGUUCGGCUCCCAAGUUUACACCCGGCAGAACUACGCAUGAACUCUUUCAACUACGACAUGUGACGCUAAAGGUGUUGCAAAGUAUACACGACAAAUAUAUGUUCACUCUUUCUCUUUCUGAAGAACAUCGAGGAAGUGGUCUGGAUUACUCGUCGGUGGACUGCCAAAUAUACGAUUACAGCCAAACUGGGAACGAACCGGGAGGAGAAAAAAGUCGAAAGAGUUACAGUAACGUCUUGUUUCAUUACGGUACAUUAUUUAAGAAAACUAUGCGUGGAAACUGGAUUAUGGAUUACGAAGAGAGUUCAAGAUUGUGCAGUUUGCACUGAAAACCAACGAGAUUAUAUUCACUUUCAUGCACCUUUCCUAAAUCUCGUCUCAUCUGUUCGUGCGCUCACACCCUAGCGUUGCGUUUCGCACCACUGCUUGAAGAUGUUGUCCACGUUGAGAGAGUGGUUUUGGAACGAGAGACUUUGGUUUCCAGAAGGGCUCGGCUGGGCUGAUCUGGAGGAUCGGGAUGGUUUAACCUACUCCAAGCCAGCUGACCUCUGGGUGACCCUGCCCAUCGCCCUCGCCUUUCUUGUCAUACGACAGAUCUUUGAGAGGACAGUGGCCACUCCACUAGCUGCGGCUUUGGGUGUAAAGGAGAAAGUGAGGGUGCGAGUGGCACACAACCCCACGCUGGAGUCGUACUUCAGCAACACGACUAAAAAUCCCACACAGAGCCAAGUCGAGAGUUUAGCAAAAAAGACCGGAUGUACAGAGAGACAAAUCCACAUAUGGUUCCGAAGGCGACGGAAUCAAGAUCGGCCAAACCAGCUCAAGAAGUUCAGAGAAGCCAGCUGGAGAUUUGCCUUUUACCUUCUUGCAUUCAUUGCUGGCCUUGCUGCACUUAUUGAUAAACCAUGGCUCUACGAAAUGAAGGAAAUGUGGAACGGCUUUCCAAUGCUGACAUUGUUGCCGUCUCAGUACUGGUACUACAUGAUCGAACUGGGAUUUUAUAUAUCGCUUCUGUUCAGCGUAGCAUCUGAUGUCAAGCGAAAAGACUUUAAAGAGCAAAUACUUCACCAUGUCGCCACCAUCCUGCUGAUAAGUUUCUCAUGGUGUGUGAACUACAUUCGAGCCGGGACCCUCAUUAUGCUGGUGCACGACACCGCAGACUCUCUGCUGGAGUCAGCUAAGAUGUUUAACUAUGCCGGCUGGAGAAAAACAUGCAACUACAUUUUCAUUGUCUUUGCCAUCAUCUUCAUGAUCACCAGACUCGUAAUCUUUCCAUUCUGGAUCUUGCAUUGUACCUGGGUGUAUCCAGUGACUGUAUAUCCCCCGUUCUUUGGGUAUUACUUCUUCAAUGGGCUGCUGUUUAUACUGCAGUGUCUGCAUAUCUUCUGGGCUGUACUCAUCCUCCGUAUGGCCAUCAAGUUCCUGCCGGGCAAUAAUAUCGUGGAGGACGAGAGGAGUGACAGAGAGGAAACAGAUUCUGAGGAUGAGGAGGAAGAGGAGGGCGAGAAAGAAAAGAGGGCACAAAUGAAAAAUGGACCAGUGCAGAACGGCCACUCCCCCCUAAACAACAACCAUCACCGCAAGACACAAUGAACAAGAGGAGGUACAGAGCCUCCCCAUCAGCCACACGUACACCCGGACCAGACCAAAAUACUGCAGCGAGAAGUGUUUGAUGGAUUGCCAAGAACACACACUUUGACAGAUUCAUGGGAUGCUACGUUUUGUGAAGCAGUCACCAAGAGAUAAAAAUAACCCCAAGCAUGAAGAAUCCAAAACGCUAUUAACAAAAUUGUCCAAACUAUUAAAGGUCUGUAAUUGGUUGCCCAACGUUCAGUUUCUACUCUGUGUAUAAUUGAUUUAGUGCCUGGUUGUGAAGUCACUUUUUAUGUUUUAAUUUUGGGCAUCGCACACUACCAUACUGCCUCUGUAGUCGUCAAAUAGUUUCGCCAGUUUUUGCUGAUCCCAUUUUCAGAUUCGCUCAGAUUUCCUUCAGAUUUUUUUCAGAUUCUAAAACUGGAAUUUUUCGAGUUCAGAUUACCUGUUCCUUCACAAUACCACCAAGUGACCUUUAAGCACCUGCCUUCCACACACACACACACGCGUCUUUCGUCUCCGUCGUGUGUAGGCUGCCAAGGGCAUUCUUCACCGAUCUCUUCCCAAUGCAGUUGCACUAUUAAACAUUAUCAAUUUGCAAUACACUACCACAUAUAGAGACUCAAACUCUGUAAAGCUCGUCCGCUUGGUUCCGUUUAGCCCCAUCGUGCUGCCGUGAUCUACCGUCCCGGAGGUGCAGAAUCAAUAUGCUGCCUGUUGUGUAUAAUGUUUGUUCAAUGACAGUGUUGCUGUUGUGUUCGAGAAUCUAAUAUUUCUGUGUUGUGUCUUGUAAUGCAUUUCUUUUUAAGAUUUAUUCUUACAAAUUAUUUUAAAAUUUCAUUAAGAUUUUUGUCCAAGUUGGUUUGCGUUUAAAAUUCUUUUUAUUUAAGAUCCAGAUUUUCAACAGGUUUUGUAUUCAGCAAGCCUGAUAAGCUGAUCAUUUAUGCAGUAAGACGGAGUUCUUAGCAGGCGAACGUUUAGCCAGUUCUUUGUCUCUUACAUUUUUAAAAUAAGUGAUUACAUUAGGAUCAGUGUUAGGUGCUGGAUGUACCUUGUAUCGGUCCAUUAUUUGUAAAAUCUGUAAAUGCAUUAUAGUAAUGAUCAACCAAAUGUUUACUGUAAUUAUCAUUUUGGCUCGCAGUUGUAAUAUUUACGGGAAAUAGGAAAAAUUGUUCCCUUUUGAAGUUGGCCCAAUAUUUACACCCACUGUCUCUUAUUAUUAUUAUAGUGUAAAUGACAGGCUUUCAAAUUCUGCUCCAAAAUCAAAGAAUGGCGACAUGGGUGUUCAGCACGCAAGAGAUGCAUUACAUGCAAGUGGAACGGGACAUCUGAAUUGGCCUUGCAAAGAUAUUUUACAUUUCCAAAUGCUUCCUCAAGUGCCUUAUCUGUAAAACCUUUGUGUUGCUGAUCUAUGCAUUUCACUUUAUCAUCUUUCUACCUUUGAUUUUUUCAAACCAUGCCAUUCUCUUUUUUUGUUUCUGUUUACAUCCAUUUAUAUUCAUGUCUCUUUUAUGGCUCAGUGCCAAGACCACCCCCCCCCAGUUUGCUGUUUAAGGGUCCACCACACAAACGCAACGAAAAAAUGAUCUGUGUCCCAACUGCCAGUUUUUUUAUGUUGUAUUUUUGUAUCGUCAUUAUUCAGCAAUGUAAGAUAAAGAUUCUUGUGAAUGACAAACUUUGCCAUUGCAUUGUAUGUGUGGAGAAACACUUUGUAAAUUAUUUCCUGGAUGUAUCUUUCAAAAAGCAACAGAACACUCAAAUAAGUCUCUUAAAGUUUAAGAUGAUGCAAUAUCGCAUACUAGAUUAUUCCAAAAAGUUAAGCAUUGCAUUAUGUGCUUUUCAACAUAAUGUAAUCUGCACGUACUUGGACACUAAUGCCAAAGUACCCCCCCCAAAAAACCACGAGCUUGAGAUGUGAUGCCGUCAGAAUAUCUGCUAUUGCAUUUUAGACCACCGUUGUAUCGUUUAGUAUCACAGCUUUAAUUUAAACAGAUUGUUGGUGUUCAGUCUAAAUUACUUUUGACAAUUGUGAAAAAAAUGACUCACAAAUUACUUAUUACUAAGAAAUAUUUACAUCCUGUUUUUAGAAAUGUUCCAUUCGUUUUAUUAACAAUACACUUAUUUUGUAAAACAUUGUGGUUUCAAAACAAAAAAAAGAAAUCACUUACUUGAAACAAAUGCUUGAAACUUGUGAUAUGUAAAUUCUACAUAUGUUCAUGUUUUGUCAUAAUAAGCAACAUGUUCUCAUUGGUUCUGACUGUGUCGGAGGCUUUACGUUUAGUCGUUUUAGAAGUAGGCGUGGCACAAAUACCACCAACUGUCACCUAUUUUUGCUUUGGUAAGAGAAUCUGCCAAUCAAAUAAAUAUAUAUGAAUAUA